CAUUCGUUCUCAAAAUGGCGUCGUUAGCGACGCUCCUGCCUAAUCCCCAAAAGGUAUGGGACCGCGAGAGUGAAGAACAGAAUCGGGCCCAGUUGCAGCAAAAAGCUAUCAUCGCCUUGAAUGCCAAUGCUUUUCCACCUUAUGGGCAACGCGAAGGCUGGGUCCCCCGUAAUCCGGAGGAUUUUGGAGAUGGAGGGGCUUUCCCUGAAGUCCAGGUUGCACAGUAUCCACUCAGUAUGGGAAGGAAGGACAAGCCAUCCACUUCUUCAAAUGCCUUGGCAGUACAGCUGGAUGCUGCAGGACACAUCAAAUAUGACCUCCUUGCUACUCAGGGGCAUGGGAAAGACAAGGUUGUCUAUUCCAAGUUCACUGAUCUCCUUCCCAAAGAGAUGACGGAGGAUGAAAUAGAAAGGCCAGGGGAAGAGGAUAUACAGAAGACAACAGAAAAAACAAGGGAGGCUCUUGAAAAGCUCACUCACAAUAAGAUCUCAGCUGCCAUGCCUGUCAGAGUUGCUGAUAAACUGGAGCCAGCAAAAUACAUCAGGUACACGCCAUCUCAGCAAGGAGCUGCCUUCAAUUCUGGAGCCAAACAGCGUAUCAUCCGGAUGGUUGAAAUCCAGAAAGAUCCCAUGGAACCACCUCGAUUUAAGAUCAAUACGAAGAUCCCUCGUGGACCCCCUUCACCACCUGCUCCAGUAAUGCAUUCCCCAACUCGUAAGGUUACUGUGAAGGAACAGAAAGAAUGGAAGAUCCCACCUUGUAUUUCCAAUUGGAAAAAUGCAAAGGGUUACACGAUUCCUCUGGAUAAGCGGCUUGCAGCUGAUGGCAGAGGACUCCAGCAAGUACACAUCAAUGAAAAUUUUGCCAAGCUAGCCGAAGCCCUGUACAUUGCAGAUAGAAAGGCGAGGGAAGCUGUGGAAAUGAGAGCUCAAUUGGAGAAGAAAUUGGCACAGAAAGAGAAAGAGAAGAAGGAAGAUCACCUCCGACAGCUAGCACAAAAAGCUAGGGAGGAGCGAGCUGGCAUUCAUGCCGCUCCCACUGCUAAGGAUGAUGAGGGUCUGAGGUCACGAGAGAAACUCCGUAUGGAGAGGCACAAAGAACGGCAGAGAGAGAGAAAUCUUGCAAAGUCAGGAGCAGACAAAAGGUCUAAGGCAGAGAAAUUGAGGGACAGGGACAUCAGUGAAAAAAUAGCCUUGGGACUUCCAGAUGCAAGGAAGGCAGCCAGUGGAACACAGUUUGAUCAGAGGCUUUUCAAUCAGAGCAAAGGUAUGGAAUGGAUUCCGGAUUUGGAGAUGAUGAGUCGUACUCGGUUCGUCCCUGACAAGGAAUUCAGUGGCACAGACCGCACUGCUACUAGAACGGGGCCUGUUCCCUUUGAAAAGGAAGAAGAUGAUCCUUUUGGACUGGGUAUGUUCUUGGAAGAUGCAAAGAAGGCCCCAAGCAAGCGACCAGCUGAAGAGAGGGACAAAGACAAGAAGAGAAGAAGAGACUGAAAACCAUGAAACCUCGUGUCAUCAGGAUGAUUGUGAUUUGACUAUUGGAGUGUUAAUAGGCUUCCUGUGUGUGCAUGUGCUGUCACGAUUUGUAUGUAUCACAAUUCUCCAUUGAGAUUUUUUGCUUUUCCAUUGUGUUUUUCUGUAACAUAGAAUGGGAAAAGAACUGAGAUGAGAACGAAAAUAUUUCCAAGUGGGAAAUUGAAUCAUUUGCUGGCUG